AUCAAAUGGAGGUAGAUGUUGUCAUACAUACCUAAAGUCAGCACUUCUGUUUUGCAUGUCUUGAUUUCUUUCCUUUUUAGACACCUGCUGGUGAAUCCCAGAGACCGUCGUGUUGUCAUCAUAGAAUCUGUCCUCUGCCCUUCCCACUUCAGAGACACUCUUGCAAGAGUCCUCUUCAAGCAUUUUGAGGUCCCUUCUGUUUUGUUUGCUCCAAGCCAUCUAAUGUCUCUUCUGACACUUGGGAUCAACUCUGCCAUGGUGUUAGAUUGUGGAUAUAAAGAAAGCUUGGUGCUGCCUAUUUACGAGGGAACUCCAAUUCUGAGCUGCUGGGGUUCCCUUCCUUUGGGAGGAAAAGCCAUCCACAAGGAGCUGGAAUAUCGGCUGUUGGAGCAGUGCACAGUUGAUACAGGAUUAGCCAAAGGACAAAGCCUUCCAUCAGUAAUGGGCUCCGUUCCAGAAGACAUCGUAGAGGAUAUAAAAGUUCGAACUUGUUUUGUGAGUGACCUCCAACGUGGACUGAAGAUCCAGGCAGCCAAGUUCAACAUUGAUGGCAGUGCUGAGCGUCCUUCACCACCUCCAGAUGUGGACUAUCCUUUAGAUGGUGAAAAGAUUCUCCAUGUAGUUGGCUCCAUUCGAGACUCAGUUGCAGAAAUACUGUUUGAACAGGAUAAUGAAGAGACAUCUGUUGCCACUUUGAUCUUGGAUUCUCUCAUUCAGUGUCCCAUAGACACCAGGAAGCAGCUGGCAGAGAACUUAGUGGUUAUGGGUGGCACUGCCAUGUUACCAGGAUUCCUGCACAGACUCAUGGCUGAGAUCAGGUACCUGGUGGAAAAACCGAAAUACAAAGAAGUCCUUGCGACUAAAACCUUCAAAGUUCACACUCCACCUGCCAAACCCAACUACGUGGCGUGGCUGGGAGGAGCCAUUUUUGGAGCACUUCAGGACAUACUCGGAAGCCGCUCUGUGUCCAGAGAAUAUUACAGCCAGAUGGGGCGCAUCCCUGACUGGUGCUGUCUGAGUAAUCCUCCUCUGGAGAUGAUGUUUGAUGUUGGGAAAGCACCCCCACCGCUGAUGAAAAGGGCUUUUUCAACUGAGAAAUAAGCACUUAAAUGCUACACAAGGGCUCUCCUCAUCUGUUUCAAGUACAUAUGCAUAUAUAUAUAUGAGCAGGAUUUUUUUGUAUGAAGUUAUGUGUGUAACACCAUUAAACGUGAGCAGUGUGGAUGUUCUGGGGA